AUGAUCUCGCAUCCCGGCAUCCUCACACCCAUCUCGCUCCCGGAUAAUUCAUUUCGACCCAGUCCAGCUCUCAGUCACCACUCCCACUCCCAGGACUAUUCCUCGCAGGAAUAUCGAUACGGUAUCAACGACACACUUCAACCACAGGGUCUCGGUAUCACGGCGCCAUUUCCCAGUGAAUAUCCUCGAACCUCAGCACCGGCCUCCAAUUAUGUAUACGCUCCACACGAUCACCAGUAUGCCAUGGGCUACACGCCCACUAUCUCGCCCUCACUGCCGCCACCCAAAAGGGUGAAGCGAACGGGCUCGGAUGCGCAAGGGGUCUCUCGAAAUACUAGUGCCCCUCUCACCAUUCUCCCUGACCCGGAAGGUGUAGAGCGCCUCCAGCGAGAGCGCAGUUACAGCACGCCAGGUCCGGCUGUGAUGCCGCCGAAGCCUCGUGCGCCGGGUCGAGGUCGUAGAGACCCAAAAGCAGAGGAAGAAGACGCCUUUGUUGAGGAACUUCGGGAGAAGCACGUGGCGUGGAAGGUGAUUCGUGAGAAAUUCUACGAAAAAUUCAACAAUGAUGCCAGCGAGGCCCGCCUGCAAAUGCGAUUGCUCCGCCGGCGGAAAGAAAGGCAGGCACGUUGGGAAGAGCACGAUGUCCGGCUCCUCCUGUCGGCUUCCGCUAUGUGGGAGAUCAAGAAGUACCAAUUCAUCGCUAAAAAGAUGAAAGAUUUGGGAUCAACGAAAGAAUACACACCCGAGCAAUGCCGGACACAAUUACGGUAUAUCGAAGCCAAACAAAGACAUGGAAAAUCUGGGAGCACGUCCCCAUCAUUCGCGUCGGAUGAUGCCGAGUCCCCCUUUGAUGGCCCAUCAGAACCGCGCAAACGUGGUUUUCAGGAAUUGGAAUGA